GUGACUAUUGUGUGACUAUUGAAGCAGAACAUGCUAGAAAAAAACAUGAGAAUUGAGAAAUUGUCUUGGCUCUCAUAAAAGCUUCAUGCAUUCCGUCUCUCUCUCUCUCUCUCUUUCUGCAGACCUCGGCAGGCUUGGGGUUUCAGCUCGUGUUGCGAUCUUGGCUGACCGUGCACUUGUGGGAUCUUCGGUUCUGGAUUUCUUCAUCCACGAGGCUGGUGGGGAACGAGGGAUGAUCACUUAUUCUUCAAGUGGGCAUGGCUUGCGACUGCAACCUUCCCCAGACUUUUUAGAUCACGGUUAGCGUCUCUUUAAUUUCGCAACUUGCCGGACGGUGUGGGAAGAGCACCAGCCUAGAUACUCCGGAACCCCAAGGGGUAUGUCAGGUUCCGGUGUGAAUGGUUUCGAGAAUGGGAAGGGAUUCACACGCAUGAGGUCAUUGUUGCUGGAAUCCUCACCGAUUGUGUACCUCACCCCUUCUCCAUGCGGAGAGUGCCAAGUGCUAGACCGCGGCUGUAAUGUAUAAUUCCCCAUCGACAGAAGAAAGGAAAAGGAGGAGGGAUCGAUGCCAUUGCCAGUUGAGAUUUACAGCUCGCAAGCUAGCCCGGGAUACGGCCACUAGGACGUUUGGGGAUCCCAGGACCUGGGGACUCGAGACACUGAUAUAUAAUCUGGUGCUCUCCUCAGUCUAGUCGCCAGACCUAAGCUCGAUAAGUCAUUCUCAAUUCGCAGCUUACGAGACCCCCAGGGUCGACGAGCUUAUAGAAUAUGAUCUUUACCUCCAGUCCUGCGGUGCUCCUCAGCACCAUCACUUUGUUCGCUCAACUCGCUUUGGGCCUCCCCACAACAUCCGAACCGGUGCACCACGAAAGUGUCCGGGCUAUCGGAGAGCUUUCUCACAGGGACGAGUUACACGACGCCGGCGUCGUCUGGAACAAGGUCGUUCGCCAGUCACCCCUAGUCGCUCCUACCGACCCUCGCGACAGCUUCAACAACCAGAACCCAGACGUCCCAGGGGUUGGCUACCCUCGGUCCUCAGAUGCGGAUCCCGCCUUCACCAUCCCCGAGGCGAAGCUCCGCUCCGCCAUCUACCUGCCCUCAGGCUUCAACUCGUCCACCAACCGCCAAGUAGUCCUCUUCGUCCCCGGAACCGGAGCCUACGGCCACGAAUCCUUCGCCGACAACCUGCUCAAAGUCAUCACCAAUGCCGGCGCCGCCGACGCCGUCUGGGUCAACGUGCCUAACGCCAUGCUGGACGACGUACAGUCAAACGCCGAGUACAUCGCCUACGCCAUCAGCUACGUCAAGGCGCUCAUCGGUGACGACCGUGACUUGAACGUGAUCGGCUGGUCCCAGGGUAAUCUGGCCACGCAGUGGGUGUUGACCUACUGGCCGAGCACCGCCCCAAAGGUGCGCCAGCUGAUCUCCGUCAGCCCGGAUUUCCACGGGACCAUGUUGGCGUAUGGGCUGUGCGCGGGCAACUUCGGGAAAGUUGCCAAGGCGGGAGCGCCCUGCCCGCCGUCGGUGCUCCAGCAGUUGUACAGCUCAAACUUGAUCAACACCCUCAGGGCGGCGGGCGGCGGAGACGCGCAGGUGCCCACCACCUCGUUCUGGUCACGUCUCACUGACGAGGUUGUCCAGCCGCAAGCCGGCUUGACGGCGUCGGCGAGGAUGGGAGACGCGCGCAACAAGGGCGUGACGAACGUGGAGGUGCAAACGGUCUGCGGACUAUCGGUUGGCGGUGGGCAAUAUGGCCACUCGACCUUGAUGGCGCACCCGCUCGUUGCGGCAAUGACGCUCGACGCGCUGAAGAAUGGAGGGCCCGCGAGCCUAAGCAGAAUCAGGUCGCAGAUGUUCAGGGCCUGCUCGAAUGUGGUCGCGCCAGGGUUGCAGCUCACAGACAGAGCAAAGACGGAGGGACUCCUUGCCACUGCGGGCGCCAGGAUGGGUGCUUUCCCUACCAAAUUGUUGAGAGAGCCGGCCUUGAGACAGUACGCAGCUUGAGUCAACAAUAUAUGUAACUAGAAUUGCGAGAGAAUCCUGGAUGCGAUGAGUAGCAUAGUAUUUGUGAAAUUUUCGAAAUGUUUUGGG